AUGGGAACAGCACAACAGACCCAUAUAGAAAGACAUUGUAGAGCUACCAAAUCCCCAGAGAGAAGGGCCAUCAUGGUUUUCAUUCCUUCAAGAGUGAAUUUUUACAUGCGUCUAUCAAGUUCAAAUUCUUCAUAUUUCAAAUGGAUCAUAAUUUUCAUGUUCUUCUACAUCUGCGUAUUGACUCAAUCCGAUCCGAGAAUUUCAGAAGCUCGGCUUCUCUGUGGCCGAACAAGGGCGUCUCCAAAUACCGAUUUCAUCCAAUUAUUUGUUAAAGUAAUGGAAACUCUUUCUCAACAAGUCAAUUCUCAGAAUUGGGGUAGUCAUGCACUAAAUUCCAGCACAGCUUCGAUUUACAGUUUAGCCCAUUGUUACAGAGAUUUAUCGCACGAUGAUUGUCUCCAGUGCUAUGCGGCGAGUCGAACCCGCCUACCCCGCUGCAUCCCCGACGUGGGUGGCCGUUUAUUUCUCGAUGGGUGCUUUUUGCGGUACGAUAAUUACAGUUUUUUUGGAGAAGCAGUAGACCCAAAAUGGGAUAUACGAGAUUGUAACAGUUCAAUUGUUGAUAAUCCAAAUGAGAAUCAGUUCAGCCGAUCGGAUUUUAAUAAAAGUGUCGAGGAUUUGAUUGAUAAUAUUACAGCAAGAGCACUGUUGAACGAUGGUUACGCGGUGGCGGGGUUGAAGGGUGUUUAUGGAUUGGCGGAUUGUUGGAGAACUUUGAGCACAAAUAGUUGCAGAGAGUGUUUGACGGCGGCGCGUAGGGAGGUGAUAGGGUGUUUGCCUGGCCGGGAAGGCAGAGCAUUGAAUACUGGUAACGACAAGGUUAAGAUUCUAAGUUGGAAAGAGCGCUACGAUAUUAUAGUUGGAACAGCAGAGGGAAUUGCAGGCACAUUAGGGUAUAUGGCUCCCGAAUACCUAGUAAAAGGACAACUAACAGAGAAGGCUGAUGUUUAUAGUUUUGGCGUGUUGGUUCUUGAAAUCACGUGCAAUAGAAAAAGUAAUGCCUUCGUCGAGGACUCGGGUUCUCUCCUUCAAUCGGUUUGGAAACAAUACAAGUCAGAUAGAUUGACGGAACCUGUCGAUCCUUCUUUAAAAGGCGAUUUUCCAGAAUUUGAGGCAUUGAGAGUGCUAAAAAUCGGGCUUUUAUGUACACAGGCUUUAGCUUUGUCAAGACCAUCCAUGUCCGAGGUUGUCCGAAUGCUUACUGAUUUUGACUGUGAAAUUCCCGAACCAAAUCAACCCCCAUUUCUGAACAGUAGCUUGCUUUCUACAACCUCGACUAGGUCAACCUACAGCAUGAACAGCUUGGCAUCAAAUGCACAGACAAGAUUUGAAGCAUUUUACACCUCCACAGAAUCCUCUAUUCAGAGUUCAGAGGAACUGCACAGACAAGAUUUGAAGCAUUUUACACCUCCACAGAAGCCUCUAUUCAGAGUUCAGAGGAACCUCUUAAAAGUAAAGAACAGAGUCAAAAAUAGAAACCCGGUUUUUCUUGUAUCCAUUGAAACUCCAAUACAGCAUAGCUCAAAAUCAGACACACUUCAUUCGACGAAUGCUACCUAG